AUGAGUAGUGAUUUUCUUGCCUCGCCUCCGAGGCGCUCACGACUUGGUGGAAUGGUUGAGACUUAUAUGCGCAAGAAGCUUCCACGAGACAUUCAUCCUGCUUUCAACGCAGUGAGGAAUCGUGAAGAAGCAACCACUGCUCUUGCACAAAUUCCUGUCCAUGAUGGGACAGGACUGUGUUUGGUGAGGCAAGAGCAAAGGCCUGAAAAUGACCAAGUAGAUCCGGAUGACGAUAACGGGCUGUCUUUGGAAGAAUUGUACAAAGAUGCAGAUAGCGAAAGUAAAAGAUUCAAACUGGCGAUGGAAUCCUACGAAAAGACGACAGCCGGCACGAAAUUCAAGACUGACGUCUCGAGCAACGCGAUGCACACCUGGGAAGAAGUUCUCGAAGAAAUAAACAUAGCUUCAGAGAACUACAACAAUGUCCCCGGCCUAUGGGGGAAAGUCCGCAGAGGGUUUCGUCGUUUCGGCAAGAAUAACGCAGUCUUUACGGCGUGGUCAAGUCUUUUACCGUCAGAGUCGCAGUAUUUCUCCAUACUUUGUGGUGGCGUAAAGCUCAUCAUUGGGGCUGCAGCGCGUAUGCAUGACCUUCGACAGGAUAUCUGUGAUGCUUUAGCGGAGAUCCCAACCUUGCUAAUAAAUACAAAUAGAGCUCUGGGCGUGUUCAAGAAGUCUCAAGACCUCCAUCAAUGUAGCUCAGCACUCUAUAUUGCAACCAUAGCAGCUUUACACCACAUCGUCUUGUGGUAUAAAGAAAAGGCCUACAGGAAAAUAUCCAAAAGUUUCUUCAAGCAGGACUCCUACGGAGAGGAGUUGAAAGAAAUGAUCCAAGCCAUCAGAAAACAGUCUGAACUCUUCGAAAAAUCCGCUCGGAUGUGUUUAUAUGAGACAAGCGUCAACACGAACCAAGAAGUGAGAUCUCAACGCAUAGAGUUGCGCGCAAAUCAAACGACACUUGUGGGGUACUUGGAUCAAUCGCACAAAAAGAUUGAAGCGUUGGAAAAUCGAGUCUCCGACUUGACCGAGGUUUUGGCAAAAUUUCUAAGUAGCAACGCUCGAAUUGAUCCAAAGACUCGAGAUUCGAGAGGACCGAUACUUCCCUUACGCAAGGCAGCUUCCGAAUCAAGAUUAAUUACAGAUCGUUCCAAAACCCAAGAUGCGCUUCUGUCAGCUUUCGACUACGAAAGCUCAGUCAUUCGCCGAGAUGUCGCAGCCUGUCUCCGAGGAAUCUGGGCCGUACCACGACCCGACCAAGAUCGUAUAGUUGCAAUGAUGCAGUCUCCAAAGCUACACCGAUGGAUAGUAGAGGAAGGUUCUACAGCUCUCUUCAUAAAUGCCAAUUGCAAAGGCGCCAGAAGGCAGUCAACCUCAUUCGUCUCCGCAAAGAUCGUGGAUUCGAUCCAACCUUCAAGUAUUAAGCUUCAGCACCAGCCAAGCACAACCUUUGCUCUUUCCUUCUUUUGCGGAGAGCACUUGCGUUCGGACGAUCCUGACUCGGGGGUUAGUGGUAUGAUGAGAAGUUUACUUAGCCAGCUACUCCUCGCAUAUUCGAACUUCGAUCUCUACCAUAUCGACAAGAUGAGGAAUAUAGACUACGAACAAGUCGAUGAUCUCUGUAGUAUGUUCUACCUACUCAUAGAUCAACUUCCGCCACAUAUCAUAGUUUUCUGUAUCAUUGAUUCAAUCACUUUCUUCGAGGAGGAUGAGGUACUUUGUGAAGAAAGCGAGCUAGUAGUACAGCAGUUGGCAGAUGUCGUGGAAAGAACCCAGGAUUAUGGAUGCACUUUCAAGCUCUUGUUAACCAGUCCUUGGAAUAGUCAUAUACUAUACAAGAGCCUGCCAUCCCAAGAGAGAGAUGUGGUGUGGAUGCCAACAAAAGUGCCAUCGAAGGGUGGAUUUACAGCAAUGAAAUGGGGUGCCACUAUUGGUGCGGAUGUAGCUCUGCUCGUGCCUAGAUAG